AAUAAAUUGAAAAUUCAGUCUUUUCUCUUUAACCACAUACUUAGAUAGAAUCUAAAUGGAUUUUGUAGCGGUAUAAUUGCAGCUGAAUGCCUGCAGACUGAAGGUUUUUAGUGGUUAUUUUUCAUAUGGAGACAGUUACAUUUGUACUCCAGCUGAAUGGGUUUUUACUGUUAAAUUUCAUAAACAGUAUUUCCAGGCAAACCACAAAAAGCAAAAAUGAUAUUUACCUUUGCUACUUUUAUGUAUGUUACACAAACUUUUUUUGCUUGUUCUACAGUUUUUUUUGUUUGUUUGUUUGUUUUCGGGUUUUUUGCUUGUUCCGUUAUUUACUUUUACUUGAAAAAGUUACUAGUGUUUGUGUAUUAUUUGUAUUGCAUUUGCAUAUAACAGUAAUGCGUUUGUGUAAAUAAAUGGCCACUAGAUGGUGCCAACAGUCCGUUCUUGUCGCUUGUCAGGCGACUUUCAACAGUUUCUUUUUAACCAAUAUAUCCAUUUAUUCUAAACAUAAUUAUUAACACAAUCAUGCGUAUGAGUGAAGAUUCGGUGUUAAACAUUAUAUAACGUUCACCUCAACUGUCUGUAGUUAAUUUUUUUCCAUGACUGUGUCCAGGCGUGACAGAAAUUCUGGGCUUGUACACGUGGAAAAUCAAGUUUCGUUUAUGAUUUGCAGAAAUAGAAAGUGAAACCUAAGUCAGCUCUCUGGCACUGGCUUUACUCUACUAACUCUUCACCAGCGGUUUGCAUAUAACAGUUUUUCAGGGUUUGCAGUACAAAUCAUCAGACAAAAAAUGCUUGAGGAGGAACUUAAGAAACUGGAGUGCCACUUCACUUGGGACUUACAGAAGGAGGAUGCUGAUCUCAAUUACCUGGAGAUCAAAUUCACAGAGAGUCUGUCAGCCCAAACCGAUCAUGGAGGGAAUUCUAGACAGAAAGAGUUAAAUUUUUGUGCUUACAUUUAUCACUUGCAGGGUUUCAGUGACAAGGCACGUGCAAGUUUGGAAAAAGCGAAGGAAACACAAAAUGAGAAUUCCUACAAUAUUGUCAUGUAUGGAAAUUUAGCCUGGUUAUGCCAUCUAAUGGCUGAUGAUACUAUGGCCAAAGUGUAUUUGGAGAAACUGGCACAAAUCUCUGGAGAAUUCUCUUCUCCAGCAGGAGAGUUGCACCGUGAGGUCUUGAGUGAAAAGGCGUGGUCUCUUCUACGUUUCUCAAAAAAGCACUACGUCACGGCAAAAGAAAUCUUUCAUACGGCUCUACAGAAAGAACCAGAGGACAAGGAGUGGAACACUGGCUACGCCUUCGCUCUUUUUCACCUGGAGGGCUUGGAGAUCAGGGAGGAAAAGCGUAUACCUUUUGAAGAGUCGCCUGCAGUGAACCAACUAAAGAGGACCCUAAAACUUGCCCCAGACAAUGCCAUGAUCCAUGUCUUCAUUGGCCUCAAGUGCUACAAGAAUAAGAGAAAUGCAGAGGCAUGGGUGCACAUGAAGCAAGCACUAGACAUAGCUCCAUAUGAUCUGAGUGUUGUUCUGAGUGUUGCUAAAUUCAUGAAGAAAGAGCAGUGCUAUGACAUGGCAUUGGGAGUGCUGACAAAAAUGUGCAAAGGUCCUGACUCCUCACGUUUGCAUCAUGAAAUAGCCAAUAAUUACCGCUGGAAAGCCAUGCAGAUGGGUGACAUGCACAACCCAAAGCUCCUAAGCUUUUGCAUACAUCACUUAGAACAGGGAGCUCACCUAAAUCCAGAUUUCUUUUACCCGCAGAUUGAAUUAGCAAUAAGGUAUGCUGAAGUUGGGAGCUACGCUAAAGCAAAGCAAACGUUCCAAGAGCUGUUCACACGCCCCAACCUGCAACCUGCAGAUCUCCAGGCUUGGAACCGUUUCUAUGGAGAUUUCAAUUUGUAUCAUCUGGGCUCAGAGGCAACAGCAGUUAAAUAUUACAAAGAGGGUAUGGCACUGCAAAAAGUAUCCACUGAAUGGAAGAUCUGCAAAAACAGACUCUACAAAGUCCUUCGCAAUACUAGAAACGAUGUGUACCAGAUUCGAGAUUUCAUGAACUCUUUAGGAGAAAAUAAAAAGAAUUAAAAUGAGCAUUUUGUUCGCAAAAAGAUAAACCUUGAUAUCAAAUCACAUAGAUCUUUCACUAAUCAUUUUUUAUUUAUGUGAAUAAAUUUAUUUAUUCACUUUUAAAGAAAACUGUUGAAGUUAUUCGGACUGAUUGCAUUUAUACUAUGAUUCCAUUAUAUUUUUUUUUAAACCUAUUGUAGAUUUUAGACUGACACUCCACCAUUAUCAAAUCACCUUUUCUGCUUCUUUGAAAAAAUGACAUUUUUUAGAAGCUUGUAGAAUCUCAGUAGAAGCUGUUCUGGUGGUUUAUAGUGGCCCAUAGUGGUCAUGUAUCAUUUACAUGAUCAUAUUAGGAAUGGUAUUAUGUAUAUGUGCAUGUUUAUGUGUUUUAUAUGUUGCACAUUGAUUUAAAUGUCUUUUUCAUAAAUCUAUAUGUCACUUUAUUUACUGUUAUUAUAUUUAUAAAUAAUCAGCUGGGCUUCUCUGUAGUUUUAAAUAUGCCACAUAUAGGUGGUUGUUAACUGUGUAUCAUGAAAUACAUUUAUCUGAAGGCAUCUGCACUAAUUUAAAAACUACUUUAUUGAAUUAUUUCCUUUAAUGUACAUGUGCUAACAGUAUUUAGGUUUUAGUUUACUAUUUAGUUAUCUAGAACUUUUCACAGCAUUGUUAAAACAAAGACUUUUUGGUAACUGCAAGUUAACUGAGCACAUAAUUGUCCAUAUUCCUUAAUUCGCUGUAACGUGUGUACUGUUUGGUGUGUGUGUGUGUGUGUGUGUGUGUGUGUGUGUGUGUGUGUGUGUGUGUGUGUGUGUCCCUCUCAAUUACUCACUCUCUGACUGUUUUGCAUGACUGUAAACACAAUCCAGGCCAAAUAAAGAACAAGUUUU